CGCCAGACGGACAGACAGGUGCAUCGGGAGACCUUCGCCUGCGGACGUGUCGCGCCCAAGCGGUGAGUUCUACUGCUCGGCCGGCACAAGGCGACGCGACCGGCCGGGCUUUCCGCUUGACAACGCGAUCGAGGUGUUUUCCUGACGUUUUUGGUCGUUAGUGCGUGCGGUUCGUGACUGGUGCUUCUGGUGCGGACGUGUUCGUGCCCUGUUUCCGUGUAUUGUUUGUGUUGUUUAUAUCUCUGCACGUAAGAAAAUGACGCUGGAUGUGGAUUUGAAGAUUUAGAAAUUGAAAUGAAGGUUUGUGUUGGUAAUGUUGGCGCCAUGGUGCCGCGGCCCUCGACGCCGUUGGUGGGGCUGGCGCUGGUGCUGCUGGUGGUGCCCCUGGCGCAGGCUGGGGCCAAGAAGUGCGGCGGACCAUGUCGCUGCCUGGAACUGCCUCCUGAGGACCCAGAUGAGGGAUUCGGAGUGCUGGUGAACUGCUCGGGCGUGCCGGCGGACGCGGGCGGCGCGGUGCCGGUGCCGAGCGACGCGUCGCUGGCGGGCGGUGUGCGCGGGGCGGCGUUCGCGCGCCUCUCCUUCGCCGGGUGCGGGGCCGAGCGCCUGCUGCACCUCGAGGCGCCCGCGGGCGUGCCGCUGCGCGCGCUCGACCUGUCGCGCAACGCGCUCGCCGCGCUGCUCGACCGCGUGCUCGACGGCGUGGCCGGCGACCUGCGCGCGCUGCGCCUCGACCGCAACGCGCUGCGCGAGCUCAACGGCGACGCGCUGCGCCCGCUGCGCGCGCUGCGCCUGCUCGACGUCGCCGACAACCAGCUGCGCGACCUCGACCUGGCCGCGCUGCCGCCCGGGCUGCUGCGCCUGCGCGCGGCCGACAACCGCAUCGCAGAGCUGCGCGCGCUGCCGCUCAACAGCCCGCCGCUCGGACUGCAGGUGAGUCGCUGCCGCUCAACAGCCCGCCGCUCGAACUGCAGGUGCUUCUUUACGCCGGUGCUUGCAGAGCUGGACCUGUCGGGCAACGCGCUGACUCGCUGGAGCGCGCGCGCUGGCGGCGCUGGCCAGCUGACGUCGCUGCGCCUGGCGGGAACCCGCUGGCGGAGCGGGACGCUGGACGGUGGACGCCCUGCCGCGCUUGCGGCGCCUGGACGUGUCCGGGGCGGGCUGCGCGCGCUCUCCUGCAGCAGCACGGCGCCCCUCGUGCAGCUGCUGGCCGCGACAACGCGCUGUCUGCGCGACCGAUCGCGCGCGCCGUGGCGGCGCUGCCGGCGACUGCAGUGCAUCACCUUCGGGCAACGUCAGCUGUGCAGCUUCCCAGGCACCGAUUACAAUGGCGACACUCUCGUAGGCAGUUAA